AUGUCCGUCCACUUCAGCACGCAGGUCUUCAGCUCCAGCUCCGCUGCCCUCCCGAGGCGCAGCGCCCAGGUGCGCCUGAACGCCGGACGCCCGGGCGGCUUCGCCAGCAGCCGCAGCCUCUACAACCUGGGCACCUCACGGCCGCGCGUGCCGGUCGGCUCCGUCUAUGGGGGCCCAGUGGGCGCCGGCUUCCGUGAGGUCACCAUCAAUCAGAACCUGCUGGCCCCAAUGCGGUCGAACAUCGACCCCGCCAUCCGCCAAGUGCGCCAAGAGGAGCGCGAGCAGAUCAAGACCCUAAACAACAAGUUCGCCUCCUUCAUCGACAAGGUACAGUUCCUGGAGCAGCAGAACAAGAUGCUGGAGACCAAGUGGGCACUGCUGCAGGAGCAGAAGUCGGCUAAGAGCAGCAGCCUCCCUCGAAUCUUUGAGGCACAGAUUGCCGGUCUGCGGGGCCAGCUUGAGAAGCUGCAGUUGGACAGGGGCCGCCUAGAGGCGGAGCUUCGGAGCAUACAGGACGUGGUGGAAGACUUCAAGAAUAAGUAUGAAGAGGAAAUGAACCACCGCAUGGCUGCUGAGAAUGAGUUUGUGAUGCUGAAGAAGGAUGUGGACACUGCCUUCAUGAACAAAGUGGAUUUGCAGGCCAAGGUGGACGGCCUCAGCGAUGAGAUCAACUUCCUCAAGACCCUCCAUGAGACGGAGCUGGCCGAGCUGCAGUCCCAGAUCUCAGACACAUCCGUGGUGCUGUCUAUGGACAACAACCGCAGUCUAGACAUGGACAGCAUCAUUGCUGAGGUCAAGGCUCAGUACGAGGAGAUGGCCAACCGCAGCCGGGCCGAGGCCGAGGCCUUGUACCAGAAGAAGUUUGAGAUCCUCCAGGCCCAGUCUGGGAAACAUGGGGAGGACCUCCGGAAUACCCGAAAUGAGAUUGUGGAGAUGAACCGGGCCAUCCAGAGGCUGCAGGCUGAGAUCGACAACGUCAAGAACCAGCGUGCCAGGUUGGAAGCUGCCAUCGCUGAGGCUGAGGAGCGUGGAGAGCUGGCCCUCCAGGAUGCUCAUGGCAAGCAGAGGGAGUUGGAGGCCGCCCUGCAGCAGGCCAAGCAGGACAUGGCCCGGCAGCUGCGCGAGUACCAGGAGCUCAUGAACAUCAAGCUGGCGCUGGACAUCGAGAUCGCCACCUACCGCAAGCUGCUGGAGGGCGAGGAGAGCAGGUUGGCCAGAGAUGGAGUGGGAGCUGCGAACAUCUCUGUGGUGAAUUCCAGCGGUGGUGCUGGUAUUGGGCUGGUCUUCGGGGGAACCAUGGGCAGCAAUGCCCUGAGGUUUAGCAGCGGCAUCCCUGGGGCUGUCAAGGCCUAUUCCAUCCGGACCACAUCUACCACCAGAGAGAGCACCCACCACUGAGUCCUGGGCAUAGGGAGACUGUGUCCCUCUGCCCGAAGUCCCAAGAUUCUCUUCCUUCCCUCUUCUUCCCAGUCCUAAGAUUGUAUAACACUCUGAAAAAGAUGUCAGGGUCCCUUCAAUAAAGAGCCUUUUGAAGCCUGAGUGAA